AUGGUUCAAUCUGCUGUCUUGGGUUUCCCCCGUAUCGGUAAAAACCGUGAAUUAAAAAAGGCUACUGAAGCUUACUGGAGCGGUAAGAUUUCCGCCGAUGAGUUGAAUACUGCCGCUAAGAACUUGCGUUUGGAGCAUUGGAAGCUUCAAAAGGAUCAAGGUGUAGACAUUGUUCCUUCUAAUGACUUCUCUUUCUAUGAUCAAAUUAUGGAUCACUCCUUCACUUUUAACGCUAUUCCCGAACGUUAUCUCAAAUAUGAUUUGACUCCUUUGGAUACCUAUUUCGCUAUGGGUCGUGGUAUGCAACGUCCUGCUGCCGAUGGCAAGCCAGCUGUCGAUGUUCCUUCUCAAGAAAUGGUCAAGUGGUUUGAUUCCAACUAUCACUUCUUGAGACCCGAAGUUUCUGACAAGACUGAGUUCAAGUUGAACUCUACGAAGGCUGUCGAUGAGUUCCUCGAGGCUAAGCAAGCUAACAUUCAAACCCGUCCCGUCUUGUUGGGCCCUGUCACUUUCUUGUACCUUGCAAAGGCUACCAAGGAAUCCUCUGUCAAGCCCAUUGACCUUUUGCCCAAGCUUGCUUCUGCUUACGUUGAACUUUUGAAGAAGCUUGUUGAAGCCGGUGCCGAAUCCGUUCAAAUCGAUGAGCCCAUUCUCGCUCUCGAUUUGCCCAAGGAGGUUCUCGACAGCUACAAGUCCACCUACGAAACCCUUGCUCAAGCCGGUGCUAAGCUCAUCUUGACUACCUACUUUGGUCCUUUGAAGCAAAACAUUGAAAUCUUGAAGGGCCUUCCUGUUGCUGGUAUCCACAUCGAUGUUUGCCGUGCUCCUGAGAAUUUGGACGAUACUCUUUCUAUUCUUAGUGACAAGCAAGUUCUUUCUGUCGGUAUUGUCUCUGGCCGUAACAUUUGGAAGACUGAUUUCCAAAAGGCCGUUGCCGUUAUCGAAAAGGCUAUUGCUGCCGUUGGCAGCGAGCGCGUUAUCGUCGCUUCUUCUUCUAGCAUUCUCCAUAUCCCUCACUCCCUUUCUGGUGAAGACCAGUUGAAGCCUGAAAUCAAGCGCUGGUUCGCUUUUGCCGUCGAGAAGUGUGCUGAAUUAGCCAUCUUGACCAAGGCUGUUAAUGAGGGUCCUGCUUCCGUUCGUAAAGAACUUGAAGCUAAUGCUGCUGAUGCUAAGGCUCGUGCUGAGUCCCCCAUCACCAACGUUAAGGCUGUUCGUGACCGCCAAGCUGCUGUCACCCCUGAAAUGCACACCCGUGCUACUCCCUUCGAAAAACGUUACUCCCUUCAGCAAGAAUCUCUUAAACUCCCUCAAUUCCCUACUACUACCAUUGGUUCUUUCCCUCAAACUAAGGAGAUUCGUGUUACCAGAAACAAGUUCGUUAAGGGUUUGAUUUCUGCUGAAGAAUAUGACGCUUUCAUUCGCAAUGAAAUUACUGACGUUGUCAAGUUCCAAGAGAACAUUGGUCUUGAUGUCUUGGUCCAUGGUGAGCCCGAACGUAACGAUAUGGUUCAAUACUUUGGUGAAAAGAUGGAAGGCUUUGUUUUCACUGUUAACGGUUGGGUGCAAUCUUACGGAUCUCGUUGUGUCCGUCCCCCUAUCAUUGUUGGUGAUGUUUCCCGUCCCGGUCCCAUGACUGUCAAGGAGUCUGCUUUUGCUCAAUCCGUCACCUCCAAGCCAAUGAAGGGUAUGCUUACCGCUCCCAUCACCAUUUUGAGAUGGUCCUUCCCUCGUGAUGAUGUUGAAGAAUCUAUUCAAGCUCAACAAAUCGCCCUCGGGUUAAGAGAUGAAGUUUUGGACCUUGAAAAGGCUGGCGUUCGUGUCAUCCAGUGUGAUGAACCCGCUUUGCGUGAGGGUCUUCCUCUCCGCCGUGCCGACUGGGCUCAGUAUGUCGACUAUGCUGUCAAGGCUUUCCGUUUGGCUACUGGUGGAGUUAAGGAUGACACUCAAAUUCACUCUCAUUUCUGUUACUCUGACUUUAAUGACAUUUUUGAUGCUAUUCAAGGAUUGGAUGCUGACGUUGUAUCCAUUGAAAACUCCAAGUCUGAUAUGAAGUUGAUGUCUGUCCUUAGCAACUACAAGUCUUGUAUUGGACCUGGUCUUUUUGACAUUCACUCUCCUCGUGUUCCUCCUGUUGAGGAAUUCAAGGAACGUAUUGAUGCUCUUAUUAAGUCCGUUCCUAAAAACCGUCUUUGGAUCAACCCUGACUGUGGUUUGAAGACUCGCGGCUGGCCCGAGACCACUGCUGACUUGGAAAACAUGAUUGUGGCUACCCGAAUUGCUCGCAAUGAGAAUGCUUAA